AUGAACCAAAAGGCUCGUGAUACCAAUUUGAUGGUGCAGAAACAGAAAAUGAACAAUGUUGCAGAGAUUACUUGCUCUGCAAGUAAUCUUGAUGAAGAAGAUGAAGUGACUGCAAACCCGUGGGAUGUUUCUAGGGUGCCAGGAGGAUCGUCGGGGGGCUCAGCAGCUGCAGUUUCUGCCAGGCAGUGUGUUGUAUCGUUGGGAAGUGAUACUGGCGAAAGUGUGAGGCAGCCAGCAUCAUUUUGUGGUGUCGUUGGUUUGAAGCCAACAUAUGGGCGUGUCUCAAGGUUUGGACUUAUGGCGUAUGCAUCAUCACUUGAUGCGAUUGGCUGCUUUGGUUCAUCAGUUGCUGAUACUGGGAUUCUCCUCCAUGCAAUUGCUGGUCAUGAUAGAUUUGAUGCCACCUCCAGUAAGCAAGAGGUGCCCAACUUUCUAUCUCAUUUUGACUCUGCAAGUUCUCUGGAAAGUAAGCCCUUGAAAGGACUGAGAGUUGGUUUGAUACGUGAAACUAUUGAAGAUGGUGUUGAUGCUGGAGUAGUUUCUGCAAUUCGUGCUGCUGCUUCACAUUUUGAGGAAUUGGGAUGCUCUUUGAACGAGGUGUCACUGCCAUCCUUUUCGCUUGGGUUGCCAGUGUACUAUGUCCUUGCUUUGUCUGAAUCGUCUUCCAACUUGUCUCGCUAUGAUGGUAUCAGAUAUGGAAACCAAGUUCAUGCUGAUGAGCUAGACUCUCUCUAUGGAGAUUCCCGUGCCAAAGGGUUAGGUUCUGAGGUGAAAAUGAGAAUUUUGAUGGGGACAUAUGCCCUUUCAGCUGGUUACUAUGAUGCAUAUUACAAGCGAGCACAACAGGUGAGAACCAUUAUAAGGAAUAGCUUUAAGGAGGCAUUGAAUCAAUAUGAUAUCUUGAUUUCCCCUGCAGCUCCUUCAGUUGCUUAUAAAAUUGGUGAAAAGAAAAACGAUCCUUUGGCUAUGUAUGCUGGCGACAUCAUGACUGUAAAUGUCAACCUAGCUGGACUACCUGCCUUGGAAAACAGUUUUUGAUGAAAUCUGUGCGUUCCCUGUGAGUACCAUGCGCAUACCAUGAGAGUACCACGCACGUACCUGCAUGG